AUGAAAUGGUCCCGACGGGCUGUUCCCACGCACUCCCAGCUCCCCUCUCACUCUUGCUCGCACGCCAAGAUCGCUGCCUUCAGGAAGCCUUCCUUGGCUUCUCAAGCAACGUCAAUUCUUUGCUCCCAGCCCGGCGUCUUUCUCAAGCUCACGUCUCUUGCUCUAGAAGGUGAAACUCACUGGAGGAUACAGGAUGAAAACCACUCGCUGCCCUUGUCGAAGCGUCUCCUGCACAGCGAGGAGCCUGCUGCGGACCCCCGCCCCGGGGGCGAGACCGGAGCCCUGCACGCGGGAGCGGAGGGGCAGAAGAGACAGGCCCUCAUAGAAAUUCUGGAGCAUUCACUGCAUGCCAGUCGCUUCCUGUGGAGCCAGACGGAGCCAGAGGUGCACAGACGGAGGUCCGCUCUGUUUCAGGGGACGGACGUGCAGCACAGAGUGACCCACACGGGCAGCGUGCCCUGGCAGACGGUGCCGGGUUGCUCUGGGCUCUGGGUCAAAUCAUGA